UUCUCUUUUUACGUCCGUCCAAGCGCUUCUCGUCGAGUUAUCUCUAACAUCAAAAGCCGUUUCUUUUUUGCGUCCGUCCAAGCGCCGAAAGAACACUUCCUGGAUCGACAUCCACGUGUGACACCGUCCAGUCGAUGUUGUAGAAAUCGAAACUUUCUAUAAAAAAAAGAGCAACAACCAUUUAGAUAUUUGCAUAUUUAUUUUGCACACCGUCUAUGGAGUAAAUAGACAUGAACAAAGUCAUGCAUAGUGUAAUGGAAGAUAGGAACUGCAAUGCUUAUCAUAAAACCCUCUUUUUUUCAGCCAAAAGAAAUACACAGACAAAAAAAACUGGCCUUCGGCUGUCCGCUUCUCCUUCCACGUUUAAAUAACCAGCAGCCCCACUAUUCCCUUCCCCAACCCCGCUUCCUCCCACAAAACGCCAAAACCCAAACCCCACUCCGCGAAGGAGAAGACGCGGCGCAAUGCUGGAGGCGGCGGCGAUCCCUGAGCUGUGGAGCACCGUGCACGGGUGGUUCACCCCAUGGGUGCUGUUCCUCGUGCUCAACCUCGUCGUCCUCACCAUCGUUGUCACCUCCAUGGCCGCGGCCCCGGCGAAGGGCGGAGAAGGGGCUGCGCCCGGUGCUGACGGCGAGAGGAGGAACCUGGCGGGCCGGCCGUCAAUGGAGCUCGACCGGCACCGGUCGCCCAACCUGCCUCGCUUCACCGCCCCCGCCCCUGAGGCCCCGGCGACCGGAGUACUGGAUCUGGGGCAGCCCGACAAUCAGCCGCCGCCGCCGCUCGAGAUGGAGCCGGAGAAUCCGGGUAAGCGCGAGCACGCGCACAUGGAGAGGAGCAUGUCUGAGGCGGCGGUCGAGGCCGAGCUGCCGCGGCGGCCGGCGAGGCUGCGCAAGUCGGCGAGCGACAAGUCGGCGUUCGCGCACGUCGUGGCCAAGAAGGACACCGAGGUGGUGGAGGUGCGCAGGCCGGCGACGACGAGUGAUGCGGAGCGCCGCAGCUCCCUGGUGGCGAAACCGGAGCCGGCAUCGGAGGAGGAGAUCCAGGAGGCCGGCAGCGAGGUGGACGCGCGCGCGGACGAGUUCAUCAACAAGUUCCACCACCAGCUGAAGCAGCAGCGCAUCGACUCCUUCAGGCGCUCCCGGAAUACGCUCCACCGCCGCCGGGCAGCCGUGGUGCCAGAGGCGCGCUAGGCUGGCGUCUCCCGCAGCCGCGGGAGCUCCUUGAUGCUCCACAGAGCUGCUUCCCGCGCUAGUAGCCGAGUCGAUGAAUAAAAUAAAUAACCAAACAAAACCUGGCUUCCGAAUCUUUGCUAAGAAAUGACAUGGUGGCGAGCCAGCUCUCAAGCGUUAAACCAACCAAUGUUGUGUGUGCCGUUCGGCUAUGCGAUGCGCCGGGGAAUCUGAUAUAUGUUUAAUGCUGAUGAUGGUUCUUCUGCA